UGUAGUUUCUGGAAACUUCGUUUGUCUAUGAAGUUGCAGGAUACUAGGCUGAUCGCUGAAGUUUCUGGCCACAUGGCUGUUCCAUAAAGCUUCAGGAUAACAUGCUGAUGCUUUUGGGGUUGUCUCUGUUGUUUGUUGAUACAGAGGUGGGCACUUUUUAUUAGAGCAGUUUUUGUUUAAUUCAGAAUGUCCAGGUGGCACGUAUGGACGCAUGUGCUACAACAGCUGCAGUCACAAAUGUAAACGAGGAUGUAACAAAGUUGAUGGUGCAUGCAAUGGCUGUGCGGACGGCUGGAAGGGACAUUUGUGCGAUGAGAAGAAUUUUACCGCUUCUGAGAUUACGGGGGUGGCUGGAGGGUCAGUAGGAGUUUGUCUAUUUCUUCUUGGACUGAUAUUUGCUAGUGUUCUUGUAUAUCGAAGAUACAAGUCGGCAUCGAAAAAAAGAGACACAACUAAUGUUGUUCAAGACAUAGAAUAUGCUAAUGCUGGGAGAGCAUCCGAAGUCCCGUACGAAAUGACUGAUAAAAACAGCGAUGCACAUAUGUAUCAGGCUCUUCAGAACUGACACAUGUCUAAAACGGAGAAGCAAUCGACAUACAAGGGCCACUUAUGGUUAUGAAUGUUAAUGUUCUUAGGUACAUGUACCAUCUUAUUCUCAUACUCAUUAUGUCAAUUUGAUCUAUUGCAGUGUUCAAUAUAUAUGUAUGGACAUCGUUAUGCUAUCAGUCGUCUUGUGUAUUGCAUAUGUUACCAAAAACUAUAAAUAUAUUUAUUUAAAUUAGUUCUCCUAUACUUGAUAGCUACUUUUAAUUCAAUGUCGCAGUUUUGUUUACUUGUUGUUAUUUCUUAAAUAUGUGUCGGAAAAAUCUAUACAUAGGUUAUGUUUAUCUUAUUGUUGUAUGUAUAACAACCGACAAUAAACCGAUAUUGACUUGAA